CUUCACGCGCUGAGCCGACGCAACCCACAUUCCAACACAUAGACUGGAGGAGCACCGGACCACCACAACAAAGGAGUCAGCGCACUGUGUUACUGCCAUGGCCUUCGAUGUUUUCCUCAUCAAUCGUUUCACGCCGCCGCCGCCGUUGUCUUCCAUGACAUCCCCCCUCCAGCAUCAAAGGUAAGUACGGUACGAGAGCUCCCAUUGAGCUCCGUCGAGUACGGAGUUGGCAUGACCACGCCAUCCCGCCUCUGAGAACUGUCGACAAGAGAAGGAGUGGAGAGAAAGGAGCGCGGAGCAAGACAAGAUGGUCGCCGUCACAACCGUCAUCGCCAUUGCAGUGAGCUGCUCGGUCCUGUUCAUCGUGGCCGUGUCCGUUGGGAUAGUCGUCUGGUUACGCCUUCGACAUGAUCGACUAUCACUGGCGAUGGCUGAGGCCAGAGGAGUGAGAUACACGCGUCGUUCUCAUAGCGCACUCGGCAGUAUCACCGAUCUCUCACGGGACAUCUCUUCAUUGCGAUCCCACGGACAGCUCCCCUAUGCGAUCCCCUAUGAGUGGACGCUGCUGGGGUCCAAGGAAAGCUUUCAUUCUCCAAAAAAGUUACAACAAAACAGCGGUACAGAGAAGGUCCAGAAGAGAAAAUCUCUGCGACAUACACUAUCCAAAGCAAAAUCGCAACGGGGACUGCUCCAGAAGCCGAUCCCUCUUAGUUCCCUGACGACAAUGCCAACCAUGACAACAAUGACAGACAUGUCAGAGAAGGCCCCAACAAUCAAAGAACCCGACCCAAAGGAAAAGGAGCCUGUAUCGACUAUAGAAGGCGUUUCAGAGCUCCCUGCAGAACAGACUCCGCCGCAUACUCCUGGCAGGGAGAAGGAAAAGGAGAGCGUUCCAGACCUUAUGUCAGGUCGUCCAGCAUCAACCGCCUGGCCUCUAGCCGUUCAAGCACAACGGUCGAGUAUGAUGCCGCAGUUUGACAGUCAGUUUGGGAUGCUUGAAUGUCCAUCUUUGAGGGUACACGGGGGCAGUAUUACUGCACAGUCUCCAGGAGCAGCCCCAGAACAGCCAAUGCCGCCUCCGCCAGUUGCUCACCUACCAAACCGCUAUUACAUGACCAAAAACGAUUCCCUAAUGCGAUUGUCAUCGUUGAGUUUGGACACCGCUGAUAGUUCCAUUCUGGACGAUGGCAGGAGAACUUCACUGUCGGGGGACAGCGAGUGGAACUCGCCAGCUUUGCCACCAUGUCCAACAUUCGGUUCAUACAAUCAAUACACUGCAGCAUCGACAGAUCGAAAUGCCAGCCGCUUUGCUGCAGAGAGAGGUUCUCUUUCUCGCAGACAACCUUCGCUCAAUCUCCAAUUCACUCAUCCCGCGCCUAACUAUCAUCGCAGAACGGACCCGAUGGGAUAUUCUCCCCGUAGGAGUCUGACGACCCGACAACCUGGUUAUCCGCUGGAAAGAAUCAGUGAGAUUCCACGCAGGAGCGGCACAGUCCUCGCGCCUCCACGUCGCCGGGAGACUGCUUCUACCCGACCGAGAUCGCAAACCACCAGCGCACAUCCUUCUCCCAACUCGUCACCCAUAUUCUCAACCACUGUCGGUCGAGAUACAUUCACCCAAUACCAAGUCCCUCCGCCACAAAGACAUACAAUGUACGACGGCCACCGGGCAAGAACAGACCAAUUAAUUGAUCCCGCCAUACUCAGAGUCAUCACAAGGGGCGAUAGUAUUCCUGACAAUACGAUGGCAACCCAAUCAUUGAAUAACAGCGGCUUACGCUUGAGAGAUAGCCCAGGAAAGGCGCCCCUCCAUUCGGCUCUGAAAGGCUCACAGGCCGCCCGGAAGGGACAUAGAAGGCAGAACUGCGUGCGCAUAUCGAUACAUCCGCCAAUCACUUUUGGAGGGCCAGUAUUUUCGCCUAUGAUCGAAGAACCCGAGGAUAUCUAUGAUCUUGAAAAGGGCAAGGGUAGAAUAUCCGAUCCGCCUGGUUCGAACCGCAGUUCAUUCGCCUCCCAGAGCAGUCCAUCGAAACGACGUAGCCGACACCAGUCAGCUGAUGUUGCUCAGAUAAUUUCUCAAAAACUGGCAGAAUCUCCAGACGUCAACUCUCACCAAGCAUCGUCGAAUACGUCCCGCAAAAGGCGACAUUCGCCGAGCGAAUUUGGCGAUGACCCUUUCAAGGGCGACAACGGAAAGGGUGUUCCCGAGAUGUUCUCUUCUGCUUCUUCUUUGGGAUAUAGCCUGUCGAGAACACCAUCUCCGCAGAAGACGGAACCUUUGUGGACAAUUCCCUACGAUCCGAUUUCUCCCAAGUUGUUCACCAACUCUCCCGUGGGUAGUCCACGACGUUCGGCGGUCAGAGGGCCUCGAAGCCAACCCGCCAAGUCAGCGAGAAAUAGCGUUUCCUCUGUAGGGACAGUGAAUUCGGCAGCAGUGUCACCACUUUUUGGAUCAAGGAACAGAAAUCCUCCCUCGAGACGUCCGAGCAACAAGGAUAGCGGCAAACUGACCAUAGCACAACGUCGAUUAAACACCGAAACCAAGGACCUGACUCUGGAGCAUAUCCGCAAUCUGUCGAAAGGGAACAGCUACACCCCAAGCCCUCGUAUGAUGCCGGGUAUGACAAAGAAAGGCCUUGCCACAAGUGCCAGUGAUAUAAGUAUCUGGGAGGAUGCCAGCGUAACGACAUCACCCACUAAACUGUCACCAACGAAAGGGACCACGUUGUCUCCAAUCGGCUCGGAAGAUCUAGACACCUUUAACACCAACGCCAUAGCUUCACCCAGGACCGAACCACCACCCAUUGCAGGCAAGAAAAGAAGCAGAGCAUCUGUCAUGUCGACGGAGAGCAGCACACCUCAAGGCUUUACGCUCACAACGCCCAAGGGCAAGACGAUGGGCCUAGGUAUUGGAUGUGCAACGCCGGCGAGUCUAUACGAUCGAGACGGCUUUCUGAAGGAAUAAUCAACAACACUCCUUUUUUUUUUUUUUUUUUUUUUUUCUUUCUUUUCAACUGAUUGCAUCUGGAACCAUGUUUGGCUUCAUAUUUUCUUGCUAACCCAGUUGGGGUCUUAUCGGCGCAUGUCAGCCGGAGUUUAUCUCUUCUUCUUCUUCUUAUUCAUUGUGUUCUAUUACCCCCAUUCUGUUCACUCCCGAUUUUAUUUUAAUACUUCGAGUACUUGCGUUGCAGCGCUUGAUUUGUGCUCGUGUCGAGACUUCAGUUUUAACAAGAAUACGCUUGCAACAUCUUGCUAGUGAUGUUCAGAUAGGUGCAUCGUAUGUAGUAAAUUAAAUUAUCUAGUGUCAUAUGCUAAGAAGAGCCCAGGAACCAAGUCUGUAGGAGGAUGUACUUAGCAAAUUGCCUU